UCGGCGCGGCUUCUCACUUGCUGGUGGCGGCGGCGAUCGGGCGGCGUGUACAGGAGGGAGAGCAGCGAGUAUGUGCGGAAUCUUUGCUUACUUGAACUAUCAUGUACCUCGUACAAGAAGGGAGAUCCUGGAAACUCUCAUCAAAGGACUUCAGCGUCUUGAAUACAGAGGAUAUGACUCUGCUGGUGUUGGAAUUGAUGGCGGAAAUGACAAGAACUGGGAAAAUAACGCACAUCAGAUCCUCUUGAUCAAGAAGAGCGGGAAGGUCAAAGCACUAGAAGAUGAAAUUGAAAAGCAAGACUCCAUAGAUUUGGACAUUGACUUUGAAGUACAUCUUGGAAUUGCACACACUCGUUGGGCAACUCAUGGUGUCCCCAGCUCAGUCAACAGUCAUCCACAACGCUCUGACAAGAACAAUGAGUUCAUUGUUAUUCACAAUGGCAUCAUUACAAACUACAAAGAUCUGAGGAAGUUUCUGGAAAGCAAGGGUUAUGAAUUUGAAUCUGACACUGACACGGAAUCGAUUGCAAAACUGGUCAAGUAUAUGUACGACAACCGUGAGGAUGACAACAUCAGUUUUGCCACCUUGGUGGAGAGGGUUAUUCAGCAACUGGAGGGAGCUUUUGCUCUGGUAUUGAAGAGUGUCCAUUAUCCAGGUGAAGCUGUCUGCACCAGGCGUGGGGGCCCUCUACUUAUAGGUGUGCGAAGUGAGCAUCGACUUUCAACCGACCACAUACCUGUACUGUAUCGCUCAGCUAAUUUUAAAAUGGAUGACAAAUCUGAAGAAUCUGAAAGCAAUGCCAAAGAUAAGAGCAGCUGCAGCCUACCUCGUGCAGACAGCACCACCUGCCUGUUUCCAAUGGAGGAAAAAGCUGUUGAGUACUACUUUGCAUCAGAUGCCAGUGCUGUGAUUGAACAUACCAACCGAGUCAUCUUCCUGGAGGAUGACGAUGUGGCAGCUGUCGUGGAUGGGCAUCUCUCCAUUCACAGGAUCAAUCGCAGAGCGGGGGACCAUCCAGCUCGAGCCAUCCAAACCCUGCAGCUGGAGCUGCAACAAAUCAUGAAAGGCAAUUUCAGCUCAUUUAUGCAGAAGGAAAUCUUUGAGCAGCCCGAGUCUGUGCUGAACACAAUGAGGGGAAGAGUCAACUUUGAUGAGUAUACAGUAAUUCUUGGUGGCCUACAAGAUCAUAUCAAAGAGAUUCUGAGAUGUAGACGCUUGAUCCUCAUUGCCUGUGGGACAAGUUACCAUGCGGGUGUUGCUACUCGACAGGUGCUGGAAGAACUUACAGAGCUGCCUGUCAUGGUUGAGCUUGCUAGUGACUUCCUGGACCGAAACACUCCUGUCUUCAGAGAUGACGUCUGUUUCUUUCUCAGCCAAUCAGGGGAAACAGCUGACACUUUGAUGGCACUGAGGUACUGUAAGGAGCGGGGUGCUCUGACUGUGGGCAUUACAAACACAGUUGGUAGCUCUAUCUCUCGUGAGACAGAUUGUGGUGUCCAUAUCAAUGCCGGACCUGAAAUUGGGGUUGCCAGCACAAAGGCUUAUACCAGCCAAUUUAUCUCACUGGUGAUGUUUGCACUUCUGAUGUGCGAAGACAGAAUUUCAAUGCAGGAGAGGAGAAAGGAAAUUAUUCGAGGUCUGAAGGCACUACCAGAUCUUAUUAAGGAGGUUCUAACUCUGGACGAGGAGAUACAGGAACUGGCAAGAGAACUGUACCAACAGAAAUCUGUUCUCAUCAUGGGCCGUGGUUAUCACUAUGCCACUUGCCUGGAAGGAGCAUUGAAAAUCAAAGAGAUCACAUACAUGCAUUCAGAAGGCAUCCUAGCUGGAGAGCUGAAGCAUGGACCAUUGGCUCUGGUGGACAAGUUGAUGCCCGUCAUCAUGGUGAUCAUGAGGGACCACACAUAUACCAAGUGCCAAAACGCCCUGCAGCAAGUCGUUGCACGGCAGGGUCGACCAGUGGUCAUCUGUGACAGGGAUGAUUAUGAGACGAUAAAGAGUGUUAACCGAGUAAUUAAAGUGCCUCACAGUGUGGAUUGCCUGCAGGGCAUCCUCAGUGUCAUCCCACUCCAACUUCUGUCCUUCCACCUUGCUGUCCUACGAGGUUAUGAUGUUGACUGCCCCCGAAACCUGGCCAAAUCAGUGACCGUGGAAUGAUGAGAUGCUGUGGGAUCAACACGAAAGGCGCAAGGCCAAAAGAUUUUAUAACCGGAACAUUCUUAACUUUUUUUAAAAUAUAUAUUUUAAAAAGUACAUAAACCCACUGGGAUAGGUCUUUCUAUUUUGUAUUUAGUGUAGUGCAAUUACAGUGGGCCACGUCCAUUCCUGAAUCAUUAGAUCUAGAGGGAAAGUUCAUACGCAGUGGGCUCUUUUCUACAUUUUGUUUUUGUUGUUGACAUUAUAUUUUAUCUAUAUUUUUUGUCACCAUUAUGACUGGGUCUCAGAUUAGUUUUUCCAUUUGUUCCUUGCUGUUCCCCUGGGGUUGAAGCUCUCUGGGUACAGAGCAGGGAACACUCAUCUCUUGUUGAGACAGCUGUUUUUCAUAAGUGAUGCAACUAUUAUUUUUGGACCAAUUAUUGACUGAGCAUGUAAAUAUAAAUUGAAGUGAGGGUUGUGAAGGGGAUUGGGGUUCACCUGUCGUGUUGGGAUGGGAAGUACAGACUGAUAGAGCUAUCUUUGAGAAAUCAUGAUACACAGCCUGGAUUGAGAGAACCAUAUGAUGACAUCUCACAGACAAGUAUCUCUAGCUCUAUGACAACUUUGUGACUAUUGCCUCAGCUUUUCCGAUAAAUGAAGAGGUUUGCUGCUCACAGUGAUCCUGGAUGCAAAUAAUGUGCAAAUUGUCCUUCUGAAAUAGCAGCAAAUAAGGACUUUGUAGUUAACCGGCUUGUUGAAAAUGGCAAGUGCUGUGUGAAGUAUGAAGGCAGUUCACUCACUGGAACACCCCCUCACCACCACACCACCUCCCCACACAAAAUAUUUCCCUUCAAAAUGUUGCGAGAAACACAGAUUGUUGAAACUGACCAAUGAUUGUUUAGGCUCAAACUGGGACACCGCCAUGCGAACUAUUCAUUAUUUGUGAUGGCUUAAUACUUUAUAAUGUGACUUUUAAUUUAGUGAGCUCUUCAGCGAAUCUAAUGCUUGCAGCACAGAGUGUGAAAUAAUCUGUGGAAGUCCCUGGCUUCUUUUUAGAAAUGUGAAUUAGUAAAAAUUCAAAUGGAUGAAAAUUGGAUGAUGGCAAGCUUUUACAAUCAUAUUAAUAUUGAAGUUCAUCCAAGGAUAAUUUUGUCUACCUCCUUGGAUAAGCAAUGAUUGCGUGGGGUCAGUCUACUCUGAAGCAGGCUUGUCUUCUGGCCUCUGGCCAUAGCUGCUUAAUUAUGAUGUGAUUCAAGUGAUGAAGAACUUCAAACUCCAAUGUGGAGCAUUCUAACACACUGCAACCAGGCAUUGCUUCUGGGCCUGCCCUUUCCAAUCAAUGCUGACUUCAUAACGUAUCGCUCAUAACUGGAAAAGUUGAAGGAAAACUUGGCUGUAUUGUUCUUUUAUGUAAAUAUUUCAAAGAGGUUGAGUAGAACAAACCGUUGCUGCUGCUGAACACUUGAGUCAAUUGUGGUCCUGACACUACUGGACAUUGGUACAGUGAGCACUGUGAAAUUGGUCUGUUGGACACCACACAAUGUUUAGUUUGCUGCGUCUCCACUGAGUGAUGGGGAGGGGGGACUGGAAGGGAGCCUCAGAUCAGAAGAAUUUUCCUUUCACCAUGUCCACCUCAUCGCCAUCUCCAUCCAGCAUUCACUAGUAGAUUUCAACAUUGUGUUCGCCUCUGCUAUUGACAGUCCGGUUCACUUUCAGUAUAAAAAUUGAAUAAACUGGAGUCUGCUCUGGGGCUGGAUUGUGGGCAAGAAUUUCAAUAAAUGAAUGGAUUGAAGUGCUUACUGAACUAGUCUAUACUCCAUAAUCUUGUAAAGUUACCUAACGCAGUUGAUUAAUACCCCCUCUUCACCAUUCCCCAUUCCUGUUUCCGUCUCUCACCUCAUCAUCUCUCUCUCGUGCUCAUCCUCCUUCUUCAGCCCUUUAUCUCUUUCACCAAUCAACUUUCUGGCUCUUUACUUCACCUCUCCCCCUCUCCCAGUUUUACCUAUCACUUAGCACCUUGUACUUGUUCCUCUUCCACCCCCCCCCCCACCAUCUUACUCUGUCUUCUCCCCUUCCUCCUCAGUCCUGAUGAAGGGUCUUGGCCCGAAACGUUUACUCUUUUUUUUGUCCCCCAUAGAUGCUGCCGACCUCCUGAGUUUGUCCAGUGUUUUUGUGUGUGUGUGUUGCAGUUGAUUGUGCUUUUUUUUUGUCCCUAUCUACUUGACCUGCUACACCUUUCUGGCUGUUUAUUAGUGAUAGAACAGGGAUAGAUGGUCCUUUGCAGGCAGAUCAUCAGUGUUAAUGUGAACUUCUGCUGCCAGCACAGUACUGUCCCAAUCUGAGAUAGAUACGUGGAUAGGAAAACUAGGACUAUGGGCACAGGCUAAUGGUAGAUAACUUUGGGUGGGAUGGCAUGGGCGAGCUUAACCAGAGGGCCCGUUUCUGUGCUGUAUGACUCUGAUCCUGUCACCCCUAUCUUUCCAGGCUGACUUGCUUUAUCAAUUAAUGCAGGGCAUAGUUGGUAAGUGGGUAGACUUAACUGUUUGAAAUGUGGCUGGCAGUGUUGAAUAUGCUCUUUUAUUCACACAACAAGUGUAUCCAGUGCUGUUUUUAAAAAAAAUGUUGUCCCUGUUUCCAUCCCUAAUUUGCUUGGAUUGACAAACGACCCAGGCUGAUCCAUGUUAAGCUGGGGCAAGUGUCUGUGUGGUUCUUUGCACUGUGUAGUGUUUCACACAACACCAGAAUCUCAUAAACUGCUCAAAUUCAAUGAGUGCCUGCUGCCCCUUGCUCCAGAUUCAGUAGACCAGUUCUUAUUGUGGCUCUGCACUUUUAAUUGUGACCAUGGCAAUGUGAGGCACAGUGGUCCUUUACCGCGAAAUGCAGUCAGAGGAGUGGCUUUGAUUGCCGCUUUGGGGCGUUCUCUGUGGAAGUGGAAUUCAUUUUGAUUAUUAGCAGGUGGAAUAAUAAAUAAAUUCACCAUGUAGUGUUCGAGACAGAGGAGGCAGUGGGCCUGAGGCUGUAAUUUUCUGCAUUGUGAAGGUAUGAAAGUCUGGCUUGACAGCAUGAAGAGCAAUUUUAGCAAUACAUCAGUUUGUUUUCCCUGGAAAUUGGGUCAAUUAGAUACAAAAAUGUUUAUUGUAUAACUUUGUAUUCAAGUUAGAGUGGUGUCUGGACUCAUCACUAUGUUCUGCUCAUUCAGGAGUGGCGUUAAUCUGGUUCAGUUUCCAGUGCAGGUUUAUCCACUUUUGAAGGCAGACUACCAUUGCUGGUUUGUUUAAAAGCUACCACUCAGAUCCUCUCACCAUUGCCAGACAAUCUUUCAAGGGCGGUACAGUAGCGUAGUGGUUAGCACAAUGCUUUACAGUACAGGCCCACCACUGCCUACAUAGGGAGCUUCUACGUUCUCCUUCUGAACCGUGUAGGUUUCUUCCGGGUGCUUCAGUUUCCUCCCACAGUCCAAAAACGUACGAUUUGGUAGGUUAAUUGGUCAUUGUAAAUUGUCCUGUGGUUAGGCUAGGAUUAAAAUCAGGAGAUUGCUGGGCAGCGGGGCCAGAAGGGUUUAUUCUGUGCUGUAUCUCAAUAAAUAAGUAAACCAGUUCAGUCAUGUAAGAGUUGUGAUGCCUGUCUUCAGGGAUUGAGCAUCUGUCUUCCACUGUGUCUGAGACUGGUAGCCACAGUGGCUAGGCAAUCAUGCCAUAUAGGUCAGAAAAUCAGCCACGUUUUCCAUACUAAUAGAAGCAGUCCAUCUAGGGCAGGAGUUCCCAACCUUUUUUAUGCCAUGGACCCUUACCAUUAACCGAGGGGUGUGUGGACCCCUGAUCUAGGUUAUGUUGCAUUUAACCACCUGUUAAGAUAUCAGAUUGCCCGAUUUUGAAACUUUCUCAUAGUAGAACACAAUGAGAUCAGUAAUGUUAAGGUUUCUCCCAGAAUGUAUAGAAAAUUGUAAAAUACCAAACAUGCAUCAGAAUUGAAACAAAAUAAUUCAUCCUGAAUCACGUCAACUACAAAAAGUGAUUUCUUACAGAAUAAGAAAGACUGUAGGCAGCUUUCAAGAUUUGCAUUGUCUAGUCACAGGGCUCAUCACUAGCCUUAUUGGCUCAGUAUAUGCAGAAGUUAAUUUGGGAGAUGGGACCAAUAACAAGGUGAAGCUAAGUCUUUGUGCAAAUAGACUUUGGGCUAAUCCACAAGUGCUCCCUGCUUCCAUCACCAAAAGAAAACACCCAGGUGAUCAAAACAGUUGAUUAAGUUUGAAUAGCAAUGCACAAUCUGGAAUGUAUGUGUGUAUUCUGGUUGCUAUGUCUAAUGCACUAUAUCCAAACACAAAAUAACAUGAGCAAUAAUAAUCAUGCAAUUAAAAAGUGUUAUUUAAGGAACUUGGUUCCUCUUAUGCUGUCAAUGUCAUCAUGAAUGCAGUGGUACUAUCUGAGACGUAGUGAAUGAUCGUACUGGCGGGUUGGUUCAAGAAUACAGAGCUGUGCAGAUAUAUUCUGGGUCUAACAGUCCAUUUCCCAUGGCACCAAGAUGAACUAACCUGAGAGGGCAAUAUACUCGGCUAAGCAAAACCACAUUCAUUUUUCACUGACUGCCACUUCCAGUUUCCUUAUAUGGUAACACACCUGAACAUUUAAAGUCUGUGGUCCCACCAAAUUCCAGAAAGGCCUUUGGGGAACAUGUCAAAUUAGAACCUUUUAUAUGACUGCCACUCCAGCUUUCAGAUUGCUAUUGUGGUACUGUUCAGAGCAAUGACGGACAGCAUUUCAACCCAACCAUAUCUGCAUAUCAUUGGGAUUAUGAAGUAAUUUCACCAAAGGCAAACUGCUGCUAUGUGAGACAUUGUUGGGAAAUUGAAUAAUUGUUUAUAUUUUGUAGAACAAUUAAUAUGUUGUGUUAUUGGCCUGGUCUGAGAGAGUGAGAUAACAGAUGAUUGUAUUCUGCAGUGAUGACUGUUAUCAGAUAAUAUAGAAUGUUUUUUCCUUGUCUUUUCAAAUGUGGCAUAUAAGAAGUAAAUUAUCAGCAUACGUUAACAGCCAGA